AAUUUCAAAGUGACGUUUAUUUCCUGUGCUCAAACACGGAGGUUGUCUUUAAGUAUGGUCAAUGACGCUUAAAAAAUGUUAUGGUUGAUAUUGAGAAUGUUUCGGACUAUAAAUAGUGUCAGCAAUCGGAUUUCGAGAUGUCAAAUUAAACUCAAACAUUUUAUUUUGAAGAGCUGUUUCGAAGCUAGCACACUGGUAGUUAGCAUAUACACAAAUCACAAACUACAGUACAGGACUUGCUUCAUUGAUGUCAGCGAUAGCAAAAGCAAUGUCAAAGUUCCGGCUGGCCGUCAUCCAGCUGCAGGUGGGCACCGUCAAGGCGGACAACCUGAGCCGGGCGAGGAGGCUCAUCGACGAGGCGGCGGGGCAAGGCAGCAAAGUCGUGCUUCUGCCGGAAUGCUUCAAUUCGCCUUACGGAAGCGGCUUCUUCCCCGCCUAUGCGGAGAAGAUCCCGGGAGAGUCCACGCAGGUUCUUUCCCGGGCUGCCAAGGACAACAAAAUCUACCUGGUGGGAGGAUCGAUUCCUGAGGAGGACGCGGGCAAGUUGUACAACAGCUGCGCGGUGUUCGGACCUGACGGACAGCAGCUCGUCAAACACAGGAAGAUUCACCUCUUUGACAUCGACAUCCCAGGCAAGAUCCGCUUCCAGGAGUCGGAGACGCUGAGCCCGGGCAACACCUUGUCCGUGUUCGAAACGCCGUUCUGCAAAGUGGGCGUGGGAAUUUGUUAUGACCUGAGGUUCGCUGAGCUGGCGCAGCUCUACAGCAGGAAGGGAUGUCAGCUGCUGCUCUACCCAGGAGCCUUCAACAUGACCACGGGCCCGGCUCACUGGGAGCUCCUACAGAGGGGCAGGGCUCUGGACAACCAGGUGUACGUGGCCACAGCGUCGCCCGCCAGGGACGAGAGCGCCUCCUAUGUGGCCUGGGGACACAGCACUGUGGUGAACCCCUGGGGGGAAGUCAUCUCCAAGGCCGGAGCAGAGGAGACUGUGAUCUACGCCGAUAUCGACCUGCAGUACCUGGCCGAUGUGCGGCAGCAGAUCCCUGUCACGGCCCAGCGCCGCCACGACGUCUACGACGUGACCUCGGCGCAGGGAGAGGCCAGAUGACGGCCGGACGGACAGAUGACGACGACGACAAUGACGGCAUGGCGACCGCUUUUUUUGUCACUUGCUAUUUUUAAACGUGAUCAGGAACACAUGAUGUAAGAAGAACAAAAAAAAAAUGUGAUCAUACGGCAUAAUGGUAGUGGUAGGUACCUUGUCUUUAUUUUACCUGAAUUUAUCCGGGUAAGGAAAUUGCGAGGCGAUUCUCAUUCACAAUGCUGACCUACCACGGAUUAAAGGGCCACUGACACCCCAAAAUACAUUUUAAAAUAGAUAUUCACUUCAAUGCCUAUACAAAAAAUAAAAAAAAAUAAGAGCAGA